CAGGCAGCUCGGAGCAGCGACGGUGCCCCGACUUCAGGCCAUGUCCGGACCCAGUGUCCACCCCCCGAUGCCCGGCGCCGGGACCCCCACAGUAAACGAGCUGGAGCGGCUCCUGCGCGACAACACAGUGGCGCUGAGUCGGGUGGACGAGGUGUGGCCCAGUCUGUACAUCGGGGACAUGACGGUGGCCCACGACAGGUUCCAGCUGUGGAAGCUGGGCAUCACCCACGUACUGAACGCUGCCCACAAACAGCUGGCAUCCAGCGGCUGCCAAGACUUCUACGGGACCGCCAUGGAUUACCGCGGCAUCGCCGCCCGCGACCUGCCCCACUUUGACAUCUCCGCAUAUUUCUAUUCCGCAGCUGAAUACAUUCACCAGGCAGUUGAUGUUCUUGGAGGGAAGGUCUUCGUCCAUUGUGCUUUCGGAUAUAGCCGGGCGGCCACUCUGGCGUUGGCUUAUCUAAUGAUCCACCAACGCCUCUCGCUGUGGGAUGCCGUCAUCACGGUGGCGAAACACAGACGCAUCUACCCCAACCGAGGAUUUCUGAAACAGUUGCGGACCUUGGACACAAAAUUACAGCAAGAAAGGAAAGUUUGAUUUAGUCAUCUCUUUGCGGCUCAGUAAAUGUUGAGCAAUUCUUGUCUGCAGUAGGACUACUGUUUAACGAUAACUCAUUGUGGUGAAAUAACUGCUUGUGAGCAGAGACGCGCGAGUAUUUUAGUGAACUUCACACUCAUUCUGUUGAUGAACACGCACAGUCCCAAACUCUACUGGCGCCAGAUUCUCACUUUACCUGGAACUAGACCAAGGAGCCGUGUCAUUGUUGAAGUGUUUCUGCAAUUGUGAAGAGCUGUUAUUACCUGCAGACAAUUAGUUUUAAUAAAAGAUAAUUUUGUCGACUCA